AUGAAGUUCAAUCUUGCUGCCACAUAUUUGAUUUUUUUCUUUGCCGUUACUGCAUUGGCGGCUCCUCUAAAAGACACCACAAAUGACCUAGUCUCUGAACAUAAGCGUGGUGGUGGUAAUGGAGGCCACGACGGUAAUGGUGGAAGCCGCGACGGAGGCAACCAUAAACGUGGUGGUGGUAGUAGUGGAGGCCACGACGGUAAUGGUGGAAGCCGCGACGGAGGCAACCAUAAACGUGGUGGUGGUAGUA